UAUCAUAUCAGAGUUAAAUAACAGAUCAAAGCACAUAGAGAGAGAUUCAUUAUCUUAAUCAAUCAAUCAAUCAUAUUUCUUUAAAGUUAACGUAAACAGUUACAUAUAUACACAAACUAGAGAGAGCCCUUAAUUAUCCUAUCUUAUCUAUGGGGAAUUAUUGCUGCAAUGCAACAUCGAGAUCAACGGAAUGGGGAGGCGAGGAUUGGAGUGAUUUGAACCCUAGGAAGAUGAAUACGGUGAACAUAAAGAGGAGAUCGAAGAAGGUGUUUGAUGAAGGUCAAGUGUUGAGUAUUGGAAGAGCCGAGAAGGAGAAGCUGUUUGGUGAGUUGGGAGCAACUAUAUGUAAUGAUAACAACAAUAACAAUGGUAGCAGGAUCAAGAUUAGGAUCUCCAAGAAAGACUUGGCUAAAUUGUUGGGUGAUGAUACAUCUACUACUAUACAAGAACACAAUAAAGGAAACAAGUUGCAGCAUCGAUCUUCUGCAGAACAAGUUCUUCUGAGGCUGUUAAAGGCUCGUGAUGAUUCUCUUCACAUAAACACACCAUGGAAGCCUCAGCUUGAGAGUAUUCCUGAGGAGAGAUAGUUAGCUUUACAUCUUUUUUUCUUUGUGUUUUUUUUUUCGUGUACAAAAUAACAAUUAAGAAAUUAAACAACUGCAUUUUUCAUAACUUGAUGUAUUUUCAUGUAAGAUACAGAUAAAAAAAAUGGUUGUAAAUUUGAGACAAUGUAAUUGUAUUAGUUAUUAAUUAUUAUCAAUAAUGCCGCGAGUGAAGUGAUCUUUAAUUUUCUUU